CCGAAACCCUGCAGCCCUCGACACAGCAGCCUGUCUGAAGCCCGGCUGUGCUGAAGGGUCGUGUUUGCUGUGACUUACGCCUCACUGGAGAAAGAUGGGUGAUAUUUACAGCUACCCGGUUUAUUUUGAAGGUGGCAGACUGUCCCAGGAGCAGAAGAGGAGAAUUACAAAUUAUUUCCGGGCUAAAUGUAAUUCAGAUGGAGAGUGUUCACCUGUGGAGGAAGUGUCAGAAAACAUCUACAAGAUUGCUUUCAGACAUCGAGAAGUUCAACAGUCGGUGCUGCAGCGGAGGGAGCACAUCGUACAGCUUGGAGAAGAGAGUCUGACAUUGACUGUCAACGAAAGUCUGGACCCUCAAACCUCUGGACACACCUCCACCUCCGCCUCCACCUCCACCUCUGCCACCCAUCCAGUCCAGGUCUUCACGUCUGCUCAGGAGGAGAUUCAUCAGAACCAGGAUCAAGGUCAAGAGUCAAAGCGGAUCGUCCUGCUGGGAAAAACUGGCUGUGGGAAAAGCAGCCUCGCUAACAUCAUACUUGGAGAGAACUUGUUCACUGUACAUCAUUCUUCUGUCUCUGGAACUGCCACAUGUAAAGCUGAAACCAGAGAUGUCAGUGACAGAAAGAUCACUUUGGUCGACACGCCUGGUUUGUUUGAUACAGAAAAGACAGAGGAAGCUUUGAGGUCUGAGAUCUUGAGGUGCAUUACAGAGUGUGCUCCUGGAAUUCACGCCUUUCUCAUCGUCCUGAAAGUUGAGAGAUUCACAGAGCAGGAGCAAGCCGUCAUCAGCAGAAUAUGUGAGUAUUUCUCUGAAGACGCUCUGAAACACGCCGUGGUCGUCUUCACUUUCGGCAACGAGCUACCCGAAGGGAAGAAAAUCGAGGAGUUCAUCAGAGAGAAUCAAAAGCUGAGAGACCUGGUGAACAGAAAAAACACGCUGCAGAACGCCUACAGGAGCAACCGCUUCCAGAGGGAAGAGUUACUGAAGACCAUCGACAAGCUAACGGUGGAGAGAAACAGCCAAUGCUACACCAACGACAUGCUGCAAGCUGUGGAGAGAGAAACCCAGAGAGAGGAGGAGCAAAUCAGGCAGUCAUCUCCAGAAGACCUGCCACCAGAGGAGAUCAGAAACCAGGCCAAAAGCCACGUGGAAAACAGAUUUCCGAUUGAAUUGGCUGGGGUCGGAACGGGGGUUUUGUUGGGAGCUUUGUUGGGCGUAGAGGCUCUGGAUAGAGCGGUUGUAACGGCUGUGAGACAAAUAUUUGAAGCAAAAAUCCCCAUGAAGAUAGUCGGAGGGUAAACAGGAGUGUCUGGAGCAGCGCGCGCAACAGCAGCGGUGGUGUUGGGAGGGGAAGCAGCAGUAACUGUUGGAGCAGCAGUGGGUGUCAUGGCUGCAGCAGGAGGCAUUAUGGGAGGUGUUAUGGGACAUAAAGCAGCUGAGGAAGCAGAAACAGUGACGGAUGCAGUGAAAAAUGCAGCAAAAGCUUUAAAAGAAACGAGAAGUGGUUUCAUUCUACUUUCAAAAGACAUUUCAGUCACUCACAAAAAAAAUAGUUAAUGAUGGGGUGAUACGCCUCUAACAGACAGCAGCUAGCUUAAAAUGCAGCAGUCAUAGAUAAAUGUGUGGGUAAUGAUGUGGAAUAAUGCUUUGUUUUCAAAGUUCUCAGGAACACAGUGUGAAGGACGAUCUGUUUUGUCUGAAGUCACUUGGAAACAGCGUCUGCUAGUCUCCUGAGAUCUGGUUAUAUGACAUGGCAUGGCCGGAAGUCCUGCCAGAGUCAGGCUGGAUCCUUGUCGGAGCAACAGCCUUGCUCUCAAUC